GGCGCAUGCGCGGCACAGCCGGGCCGGGCCGGGCCGGGGAGGGCCCGGCGUCGCCAUGGGCUCGUGAACCCCCCCGCCCCCCCCCCCCCCCCUCAGCGGGUCGGGCCGGGCCGGGCCCCGGCCGCAGGUCUCGGCUCUUGGGCGGUUCUUCAGCAAUCCCAGGCGGAGCCUGGCACCGCAAGGCACCAUGAUAGCGAUGACUGAUGUCACUGCAGCCCCCCGGCUGGGGUCAGCUGCCACCACUCCAGCCGUGGCCCCCAACUUCUCCUGGAUGCCAGAAGACGGCAGCCCCACAGCCGUGGAGCAGCCCAUUUUCCUCAUGACCACCGCUGCUCAGGCCAUCUCAGGUUUCUUCGUGUGGACAGCUUUGCUCAUCACCUGCCACCAGAUCUACAUGCAUCUUCGCUGCUAUAGCUGCCCGAAUGAGCAGCGCUACAUUGUUCGGAUCCUCUUCAUCGUGCCCAUCUACGCCUUUGACUCCUGGCUCAGCCUCCUGUUCUUCACCAACGACCAGUACUACGUUUACUUCGGCACAGUGCGGGACUGCUAUGAAGCCUUUGUAAUAUACAACUUUCUCAGCCUCUGCUAUGAGUACUUGGGAGGGGAGAGCUCCAUCAUGUCUGAGAUCAGAGGGAAACCAAUUGAGUCCAGCUGUGUGUAUGGGACUUGCUGCCUGUGGGGAAAGACCUAUUCAAUUGGAUUCCUGAGGUUCUGCAAACAGGCUACCCUGCAGUUCUGUGUGGUGAAGCCCCUCAUGGCCAUCAGCACCGUCAUCCUUCAGGCCUUCGGCAAGUACCAGGAUGGUGACUUUGAUGUAACCAGUGGCUACCUCUACGUGACGAUCAUCUACAACAUCUCUGUCAGCCUGGCACUCUAUGCCCUCUUCCUUUUCUACUUUGCCACACGUGAGCUGCUCAGUCCCUAUAGCCCAGUCCUCAAGUUCUUCAUGGUGAAGUCUGUCAUCUUCCUGUCCUUCUGGCAAGGGAUGCUGUUGGCCAUCUUGGAGAAGUGUGGUGCCAUCCCCAAAAUCCACUCCGCCAACGUGUCUGUGGGUGAAGGCACGGUCGCUGCUGGAUAUCAGGACUUCAUCAUCUGCGUGGAGAUGUUUUUCGCGGCCAUCGCCCUGCGCCAUGCCUUCACCUACAAGGUGUACGCGGACAAGAGACUUGAUGCGCAAGCCGUUCCAUCGUACGGGCCAUACGGUCGUUGCGCUCCCAUGAAGAGCAUCUCCAGCAGCCUCAAGGAGACCAUGAACCCUCACGACAUCGUCCAGGACGCGAUCCACAACUUCUCCCCAGCCUACCAGCAGUACACCCAGCAGUCGACGCUGGAGCAUGGCCCCCCCUGGCGCAACGGCGGUCACGUCAUCUCGCGCUCCCACAGCUGCUCGGGUGCCCGUGACAACGAGAAGACCCUCUUGCUGAGCUCUGAUGAUGAGUUCUAGGAGGGGAAACGGCCAGUGCAGGCCAUCAUUUUUCCUCUUUUGUUGGUUUUUAUUAUUUUUUUUUAAUUUAUUGAAGCAUAAACGUGCGAGUCAUAUCACUUCCUAGAGAGUACAGGUUGCAGAAGUGGGCAAUUCCCGUUAGGUUUUGUGGGUACGGAUGCGAUGAGUGGUGUGGAGUUAGGGGAUUGGCCAAGACUCUGUUCUUGAGCCUGUUCCUUCCAGCAGCAAUUGACUGGAAUUAAUCGAAGCAAAGCUACAGGGUCGGGGGCUCUGGCCUCCCCCACUUGCCCAGCUUGGUGUGGCACAUGACUGGCCAGAGUCUGGAGUUGUGGCCAAAAAUGUUUUUCUUUUCAGCUGGACAACCUGACCGCUUCGUAUUCCUCCUCCCGAAUGGUUGGUGUAGGCACAGCUUGCUCUCCCAGCUCCCUGGUACUAACGUCUCUGCGAUCUUUGGGAAAUGGGAUUAGGAUGCAGUGAUGAGCGUUCCCAAGGACCAGACUGGAGAAUGGUCUUUCUGUUAGCCAUUGCCUCGGAUAUUUGGUCAGGAACAGCUUCUCCCACCCCUCUUCAGCACUGGUUGUGCAGUCCUGUACGUAAGCGAGCAAAAGGGAAAAGGACGGGACUUUCUUCCUGUUCCACCCUCUCUGCAUCCUCUCUGCUCCCUGUUGAAGCUCAGCAGGGGUGGAAUUAUUGUCUCACAAGGGCAGGCUUUGCUAAUCACCAGGUUCACAUCUCCCCUGCAUUCCUGUGGCAAGAUGCCUCCCUGGAGCAUCUGUCUCCUGCUCACAAAACCGAGGACUGGCCGUGAUAGGUGGUGGAAGUUUGCACAGCUCUGGCCCUUUCAUCCUUCUGGGGGGGAAAGGAACUUUUGUAAACACUAAGCUGUUCUUUCCUCUUGUUCCCUGCCCCUCUUAAAGACGUGGAUUGCACCAGCCAGCUGUCAGAGCAGGUCCCGGUCAGUCAUCUUGCAGGUCCCCCCUGCGAGAUGCUCAAGCUUUGCCCUUAGACUGGAGUAUCCAGAAAGGGAUGUUGCACACUCCUUUGCUUUUCAGCUCCAUAACCAUUCCGGGCCAAGCCAGAGCAGGCUUGAAACCUGACGCAGCCUGCUUGAAGGUGUCCCUCUGCUUCCCAGGCAGCAGCUGCUGCUCCACGCUUCACGGGCCCUGCAGCAACUGCGGUGCUCUCCAAGGUGGAGCCGGCAUCCAUGGGGUGAGAAAAGAAGCUUCCCUUUACAUUUGUCAAGUUUUGAAUUGCCCCCUAGAUUUUCAGUGGAGCCAAAAUAAAAAUAAUCCCUCUGUGCAUCUGUCCAGGGACCAGGAACUGCUUAAAAUUGGGGAGCGGGGGGAGCACACUCGAGUGCCAUAGAUCAGAUGCCCCUGCCCCUGAAAUGGAGAGGCUGCAGCAAGUUUCUGCUUUUUCCUUGCCUCUAGUUUCUCUGUUCUUCUCCCGCUUGACGCCUGCCUUGCCAUAAGAACACCUUCACGUUUCCAGACUGCCCCUUGUUGCUCUGCUAGAAGCGGGGUCUCACUGCCUGGAGUUUGCUUUUCCUCUUGCGUGUCACGAUCUGUGCACUCGCUCGUUCACUUUCUCACAAGCAACCUUGAGCACGGGGCUCCUCUGUUCCUCAGCACCCUUCUCAGGGCUGCGUGCUCGCAUCCAGCAACGCCACGCAGCUAGCUGCUGCUUUUCCUAAAUCUCACUGCUGAAUAGACGUGCAGAUGCUUUCUUUUUCCUCAUCCCAUAAGCUACCUGGACAGCAGGACUGAAGAUUGGAUAGGCUUUCCUUCCGUCUCCUGCGGCUUUGAUGAAUAGUCCUUUAGUUUGGGGUAUUUGUUUUAAACUUCUUUUAGAAAAGCGGGGUGUGGGACGUGAUCCCUUCCCCCUGUCCCUGUAUUUGCAGGUCUUGGUGACACCCUGGUGUCACCUAACCGGCGAGUGGCCCCGGUGUCUGUUGCAUGGGGUGGCUGAGAUCUGAAAUCUCUGAAAUGGCCCUCUUGAGCUUGAAGAUGAUCUGGGCUUGGGGAUACGUUUUCUGAACUUUGUUUUAAAAUGGAUGCUGCAUAUGUAUGCCGUGCAUAGGAUCUGGAUAUUCUCAAAGCUUCCUCUCUGUAGUGGUUUAAAGCAUAACCCUCUUGCACUAGCUGCCUUCGGAGAAGCCCGGUGAAGAGCUAGCGCCCAAACAACAGCCAGCUGCCCUGCGUUAGCAUUUCAUAUAUAUAUUUUUUAACACUACACGAGAUCAUCUCUGAGCUUCCUGCGCUCCCUUGCAACAGGCAGGUGUCAGAAGGAGGAUUGGCUCUGAAGCCUCGCCGGCUCGGAGGAACAAAUACCUAAUUUUGAAGACCCAGAGCUUGAGACUGAGGCCACGGCACCUCAUGGCCUUGCAGGUCUGCUCGCAGUGGCCCCAGGCCCUAACGAACCCGUCGGCUCCAGGAGUAGGCCCUUGGAGCUGCUCCCCUCACCUGCUUCCCCUCUCUGUCCUUCCUUUUUGUUUACCAUGUAACAUACCCAUGGGGUUUGUUUAUUAUUUUUCCAGGUAGAGUAGUUCUUUGUAUAUAAACGACUGAAAAAAAAAAAUUGUAUGAUAAAUAAGACAGAGCCACCUAGUUUUGUACCUAUCGUGUUUAACUGAUGUGAGCUCAGCGACAAGCCGCUCUCUCUAUUUUGGUCUUUGUGACGUUAUACUCUGCAGAAAUGAGCAAAUAUGAUGACAAAUAAAAAAUAUAGAGAUAAUAUAGAUUGUA